GGUUUUGCGGUUCAUUCGAUUGUUUCCCUUCGCCCCGAGCGCAAGUGUGCCCCGUGCUGUGUCCGCUGCAGUGGCGAGCGAAGCAGCGAAACCCACCCCGUGUGCGCCCUUCGCUUUGUGCUGGGCGUUUGUGACUGUGUGUGUGUGUGUGCUGUGUUAUCGCUAGUGUGGUGGACACCCCGAACGGUGGAGCACGCUGGUUUCUGUCUGUCGAGUCGAUUGUUGAUCGUGUGUCUGAUGUGACGGAACCGUGUUGCGCGGGGCCCUAGCACGUGGUCGUUGCGUGAGCGAAUGCGCAAAAGUUGCGUACAAGCGUGCAAGUGAAGCGUACCAGCGGAUUGUAAUUGCGUAGCGUUUUAGUGUGCGGAAGCAACAGCUGAGCUUCUGUGUGUGCGGGUUGUACGGCGGGAACAAAAGACGGCGACAGAAUUCCCCCAUUUCAGAACGAGUCUGUGUGAGUGUGUGUGUUUUGUGUGCUGUGAAAAAAAAGAUAAAUCAGCACCAAUCAAGCGGCUGGAGGUGGAACAACGCCAACAAACAAGCAGCUAUCCUCAUAAUGACGAUCCUCACUUACCAUCGUUAAACUCACACGACGCAAAACCACCGACUCCACAACACUCCAACUAUUGGGAGCAGACAGCAGCAGAAUUUCGGCACCAAAGUCACAUUUGUGAUCGCGUGUGUUCGUGUUUGCCCUGAGGCAACCAUCACGAACGAAGAUAAAAUGGACGGAAUGAGUAUGUGGUCCACGCUGGACACCAACUGCAAUGCACUGCACACCGGCACCGAUGAUGACGGUGGAGUCGGCCAGUGUUACAACGACAGCAAAGUUACCGUCAGCUUCUGUGCCAACGCCAUAACGGCCGAGGCGGUGGAGCAGCUGGUCGUGAAGGAAUCGGACUGCCAGAUGCAGCUAAUGACGAAGCCGAGCGAGGUGGCGGUCGUUGUGGACACACCGAACAACCGUGUCCGCGUGGCGCUCGGCGUCCUGAUCCGGCUGAUGCUUCCGCUCACGCAUGGUGUCGCACGUGGCUGGAAGGGGUUGCGCGGGCUGAGCGUGCUGGCCCUGCUCCGGAAGGUUCGCGAAAGCCACGGUCUGCUGACGACGCUGUUCGCGGUUGCGGCCAACACCGUCUCGAUGAGUCUGUCCUCCGUACAAGUGGCGCACCGCAUCGACCCGCUGCUUCGUGUGAUCAAACUCCGCAAGGACUCAUCGCCCACCGUUGCCAUCAAGCAGGGUACUGCUGCUACUACUACUCCCACCGCUGCAACCAGUCAGCUAGCGUCCCUUCGCGUCCCACGCCAUCUACCGGAGCGGUGCGUCGAUUUGGUAGUGCUCGCAGAACCACCCCCGGGUGUACCGAUCCGGGCGGACAUUGUGCUCAUCCACGGGCUGCACGGUUCGCUCGUCAACACCUGGAAGCAGGGCCUGUGGAACAGCGAGGGACGGCUGGUGAACUUCGAGCGCCCUCCGAAACCUCCACUACGGCCACCGAAACGGCAGCGACACUCGCGGGCCAACCUGUUUGCACCGCCGCACGUCUCCAAGCGACCCAAGUUUGAGUAUCCGGCAGAGUGGGAGGAUGGAGGGGCGGGUGAUCGGACGACCGAACAUGACCACCAGUACGAUGAGUCACGGUCCACCUCGUACGAGUUUGCGCACCGACGCUAUACGUACGAGUGCGGCGAACCGGACGAGGUACACUUUGCGGACGAUGUGGAGUACAGCUUUCCCACCUUCCGGUUGCGCAUCGAGGAGAGCGAGGAGCAGGCGGGCGGUCGCAAGCCGGCAACUGCGAUCGACGAUGGAACCGGCUCACCGGGCACCGCGAACGGGAAGAGGAAGCUGCCGAAACCGACGAAGGAUGCAAACUGGUCACCCUGCUGGCCGGGUGACUGGCUGCCGCUCGACUGUCCCGGGGUGCGUGUGAUCGCCGUCAACUACACGACCGAUCCGUACCUGUGGCGACCGGUUUGGAUCACCAAAAGGAAUCGCUCCAGCCUUGUUGAUCGAGCACGGGAGAUGAGUGAUCUGCUGAUAGCGAAAGGGGUCGGUCGUGGACAUCCGAUCGUGUGGGUCGGCCACUCCAAGGGUGGCAUCUUCAUCAAGCAGAUCCUGGUCGAUGCGUGGGAAAGUGGCCGCCCAGCGGCCGAACCACUGUGGCAAUCGUCCCGUGGGACCUUCUUCUACUCCGUACCACAUCGGGGAUCUCCUCUGGCGGACUUCAAUUUGCCGCUGCUGCGCCAAUCGGUGGAGCUGCUGGAAAUACAGAAAAACUGUUCCAGUAUUCUUGAACUGCACAGACGCUUCGUUGCCCUGUACCACAGUGGCCACCUGAAGAUUGACGUGUUCAGCUUCGUCGAGACGGCCAUGACGCUCAUGUCCGUGAUGUACCUGCGCAUCGUUGGCAUCGAUUCGGCGGAUCCCGGCAUCGGGGAGGUGUGCGGGGUGCAUCUCGAUCAUCGGGAAAUCUGUAAACCGCGGAGCCGCAACUGCAUCCUCUACACCGAGCUGGUCAAAAUGAUCAAUCGCGUCAGCUGAAGCCAAAGAAAGGAGAGGGAGAAAGACGUGUGUGAUAAGACGUGCGUGCGGGAGAGGAAUGCCAAACUGUGUGUGCGCGUGUGUGUUUGUGUACAGAAACAUUAGAAGUUAGUGAAGCGCGAUAUAAAUGCUACAACAACGUACCGGAAUAAGGCGGGAACUUGAGCUCGACUUCGCUGAUGAUUGUUUGAAGAGAGAGAGAGAGAGUGUGUGAGAGGAGGGCUCAAUAUUUGUUUUAAAAUAUGUUUCCACUUUACAAUUGCAAAACCUUUUGUUACAAACGUAGUUAGUUACCGUUAAGUAGGGUAGAAAGACGAAGAGAAUGUAAGCCCAACAACUACCGGAUUGCGGGUUAAAGUAGUCGCAUCAGAAAGACAGCCGACGGGGACCAACGUAUACCAUUUUUGAGAUUAGAUAGAUCCAGUUUGGACGAUCGCCGUUAUGGCUGUUACAGUUUCAGUUUUUUUUAAAUGAUUGUUUUUUUUACAUUUUAAAUUUGCGUUAAGUUUGCUGCUUUUGGACCGCUGAAGUGAAGUUUUGAACACUGUUACAGCAAAAGUUUGUGCGACACCUAGCAAAGCUGGAGGUCGGAAGUGCGUUGAGAAAGCAGAGCCUUAAACAGAUGUAAGACAGCUGCUUUAUUUUGUGAUAAUCGAUAAAAAACAGUGCGAUGAUAGAAAGAGAGUGAGUGAGAGAGGAGUUAGCGUAGGUUUACCGAGGGGUGGGUUAGUGUGUGCUCUACUGAUAUGGGGAACCACUUCUCACGCAAAUAAAGAUUCAUUCGAUGGACACAGAGUCCAUAAUGAACGAUAUAAAAUAGCAAA